AUGAGUGCAUCAUAAUCGCAAACAGAGAAUAAAUAAAUUUAGAAUCAAUAGACAGGCUCUCUGAAAAUUGAUAAUAAGGAUGAUCAUCUGUAAUCUAAUGAUAAUCCUCAUUGUGGGAAUAUGACAAAUAAUAGUAAGAGUCACGAUUAGGAUAAGUAAAUAGUGCCUUAAAUAUUUGAGAUCACUAAUAGAUUGGAAAUUGGAGGAAAAAGCGUUCCCAAUGGAGACAGCAAGGAAACAGUAUCUAAUGCUGCAACUUAUUCAAGUAGUUUUGAUAAUAGCAGUCGAUAGUAAAAUAAAGGAAGUAAAAAGAAGAGUGAACAUGGUAAGAGUUCUAAGGCCUAGGUAUCGAGUGAUUUUAUUAAAACUAAGGCAAACUUGCCUCAAAUAAAAGGCCUUCUCAAUAAUUUAGCAUAGUAGAGCUCCUAAGAUGAAAUGCUAUAGCCAAUUUAGGGCACAGAGUUCUCAAUCUAAGAGUUUAUAUUGCAAAGACAUGUUCUUAUUUUCUUGGGUUCCGUGGCUACAGUGGGAGCUUGUUGUUUGCUCUCACAAUGCCUGGUAAGAAUGUCAAAGAACUACAGACUCUAAUUAAAUAAGUACUAUAGCAAAAAGCGCUACGAGAAAGCGAAACUUAUUCAGCAAUAUCUUAACUAGGAGGAAUAGGUGACUUAUGAUUAGGCUGAAUUAGAUGAGGAGAUGCUUAGAAAGGCGGAGGAAGAGUAACUGUUGCAGGAACAAAAUAAUAUUGGAGAGGAUAUCGGCGGAGAUAUUUUGGCAUAGCAAAGAUGA